AUGCAUUCAGUGAUCAUCCAGGGGUUCAAGAGCUAUAGAGAACAAACUGUGAUAGAGCCAUUUGAUCCUCGGCACAAUGUGGUUGUGGGACGCAAUGGCUCUGGCAAGAGUAACUUUUUUCAAGCAAUCCAGUUUGUCCUCAGUGAUGAAUUCUCAUACCUUCGACCUGAACAGAGGCAGGCUCUUCUACAUGAGGGAACUGGUCCACGUGUCAUAUCUGCCUUUGUUGAGAUUAUUUUUGACAACACUGACCAAAGGCUCCCAAUUGACAAAGAGGAAGUGUUUGUGAGACGAGUGAUUGGUUCUAAGAAGGAUCAGUAUUUCUUGAAUAAGAAAUGUGUCACAAGAUCUGACAUUAUGAACCUCCUCGAGUCUGCUGGCUUUUCCCGCUCAAACCCGUACUAUAUAGUGAAGCAAGGGAAGAUCAACCAGAUGGCCAUUGCACCAGAUUCCCAACGACUGAAACUCUUGAGAGAAGUGGCAGGCACUAGAGUAUAUGAUGAGAGAAGACAGGAAUCUAUGACAAUCUUGAAAGAGACUGAGGGGAGGAGGGAGAAGAUUGAGGAGUUCUUACGUACCAUUGAGGAGCGUCUGAGGACACUUGAAGAGGAAAAGGAAGAGCUAAAAGAAUAUCAGAAAUGGGACAAGAUGAGGAGGUCUCUGGAGUACACCAUUCAUGACAGAGAAUUGAAAGAGACACGAAAGAAGUUGGAAGAAAUGGAGCAUUCACGCCAGUCAUCGGGGAAGGAACAGGAGAAGCUUCGCAUGGCCCUUACCAAAGCCCAAGAUAACAUAAAGAGCUGGAGUAAGGAUUUGAAGGAUUGCAAGCAGAAGCUGAAUAGUGUGAAAGAGGAGAGAGAUACUCUGAAUGCUGAGCAUCAGCAGCUCCUCAAAGACAGGACUAAGUUGGAACUGCAAAUCAAAGAUCUCACAGAUGAAGUUUAUGGGGAUAAUAAGUCUAAAGAAAGAGCUGAACAAGAGUUAGCAACAUUGGAAAAGAAAAUAGAACUGCAGGAGAAAUCCCUUGAAGAACUGAGACCAAAAUAUGAGGAGAUGAAACAGAAAGAAGAGAAAUGCACCAGAGAUUUGGCACUGAAAGAGCAGAAAAGGAAGGAGUUAUACGCCAAGCAAGGAAGAGGAAGUCAGUUCACUUCUAAGGAGGAUCGUGAUAAAUGGAUCCAGCAACAGCUCAAGUCUCUGCGGAAGGCCAUUUCAGACAAAAGGGAGCAAAUCGAAAAAUUGACAGAGGAUAUAGAGAGAGAUGCGGACAAGAAGGUGAAACUUCAGGAUCAGAUUCAGAAAAGCAUUGAUGAAUAUGUGAAGUAUUUGAGAUGGUUGCAGACCUACACAAAUGAUAUGGAGCAACACAGAAGCAGCAUAGAUGAUCACAACAAGGAGUAUUAUGAGAUGAAGAAGAAGAAAGAUCAGUUGCAGUCAGAGAGAAAUGAGUUCUGGAGGCAGGAGAACAAACUUCAGCAGGAUGUGGCAACCCUGAAAGAAGAUCUGUCCAGGGCAGAGCAGUCUCUUCGUUCCAUGGUUGGGAAGGCAAUCCUGAAUGGCAGGGACAGUGUUCAUAAAGUUCUGGAGACCUUCCGUGAGAAGGGUGGUCAUUCAGCCAACUUUGCUAAUAAUUAUUAUGGAUUGGUCAUUGAAAACUUUGAAUGUGAGAAGUCCAUCUAUACUGCAGUUGAAGUCACUGCUGGGAAUAGGCUCUUCCAUCAUGUGGUGGAAUCGGAUGAAGUAGCCACCCAUAUUUUGAAAGAAAUGAACCGUCAAAAGCUGAGUGGAGAGGUCACAUUCAUGCCCUUCAACCGGCUCAUUAGAAAAGAAAUUAGAUAUCCUGAGACAAAGGAUGCCAUACCCAUGGUCUCAAAGUUGCAGUUUGAUGCCAAGUUUGAUGUGGCCAUGAAACACAUUUUUGGUCGGACCUUGAUCUGUCGCAACCUGGAAGUUGCUACACAGCUUGCAAGAAGUGCUCAGUUGGACUGCAUUACUCUCGAUGGAGACCAGGUGAAGCUGUCAUGUUAUAUUAGGGACCGACCACUUUUGUUACUCUUUACUGGUGGACAUGGAAGUAGGAGGUUUGGGUUGUGUGUGCAGGUGUCUUGUCGAGGUCCCAUCACAGGGGGCCAUUUCAACACAUCUCGAUCCAGACUGGAUACCCAGAAGAAUCGAUCAGAACUUGUCACUCAGGUAAAAGAAGCAGAGGAGAAGUUGCUUAGAAUGCGCCAGGAUCUCACAGCCACAGAAACUGACAUCAACAAGCUCGUUUCUGAGAUGCAGAAAACUGAGACCAAGAACAGCAAGGCCAAGUAUGUUGGGAUCAAAUUGCACUCCUGUGGGGUGUUGCAAGUGAAUGCUUUCAUACCUGUCUCCUUUUUCAGGGCCAUAUUUGACCAGAUGAAAGGGGACAUUCGGCUCAUGAGGGAGGAGUUGAGCAACAUUGAUAGGUCCAAGCAGCCUCGUGAGAGAUCCCUCUCUCAACUGAAGGAAAACCUGGAAGCUAUGGAGACCACUAAGAUGGGCUUAGAAUCAGAACUUCAUCAGGUGGGUAGACUUGAUCUUGAUUGUUGUCUUUAUGUCAUCAUACUUUUUCACUUGUUUUUCUUCCUUCUGCAGGAAUUGCUGCCACAGCUAUCAGUUGCAGAUCAGAGAGAGGUUGACAAACUUAAUGAUGAGAUUCGCACCCUCACCCAAGAGAACAAAGAAGCAUUUGCAGCUCGCAUGAAGCUGGAAGCAGAGAAAAACAAGAUUGAGAACCUUCUAAUGAAUAAUCUGAACCGUCGGAAGGAAGAGUUGGUCCAGGCUCUUCAAGAGAUCUCGGUAGAGGACAGGCGACGACAUUUGGAGAAUUGCCAGUCUGAGUUGAAGUCCAUCAACAAGCGAGAUGAAGAUGUCACAUCUCAGUUGAAAGAUACAGAAAAGAAAGUCACUGAUCUCAGUAAAAAGCUCUUCAAGCAACUGGACAAGGCCAAUGCAGAAUUAAAAAAGUACAGCCAUGUAAAUAAGAAAGCCCUGGACCAGUUUGUUAGUUUCUCUGACCAGAAAGAGAGGCUAGAUCUGAUGAAUGCUCUGGAGCACCGGAAAUAUGAAGCUAUUCAGUUUACAUUUAAGCAAGUGUCCCGGUUUUUUGCUGAAGUGUUCAAGACCCUUGUGCCAAGUGGGAAUGCGCAGCUGGUCAUGCGCACAGACCGAGAGGAUGCCUCAGAGCCAGAAGAUGAGGGGGAAGUUGGGAACGCAGACCAAUUUACUGGGGUUCGCAUCAAGGUGUCAUUCUCUGGUCGGAAUGCUGAGAUGAGAGAGAUGAACCAGCUUUCUGGAGGGCAGAAAUCACUUGUUGCAUUGGCUCUCAUCUUUGCCAUUCAGAAAUGUGACCCUGCUCCCUUUUACCUCUUUGAUGAAAUUGAUCAGGCCCUAGAUGCCCAACAUCGUAAGGCAGUGGCAGAUAUGAUUCAUGAACUUUCCAAGGAUGCCCAGUUCAUCACAACUACUUUUAGACCUGAACUGUUGGAGCAUGCCAAUAAGUUCUAUGGUGUGAAAUUCCGGAACAAGGUCUGGUAUGCCCAAAGUUCUGUUCUUGCGGCGCAUUAA